GGUACUUGAAUGACAUACACUCCAAAGAAUUUUUCUUCAUUUAUGAAGGAUUUGUAAACAAAUAAUUCUUGCUAAAUUGGUCAACAGAUGGCGUACAUUGGCGGGAUUUGAACCGAAAACGAAAAACCGUUAUUUACUACUCCACACGGCAGUCGCUUGCACGUUAAUAUCCAACCGCUCAAUUAUGCGCGUUUAGAAUAAUAAAGUAGUGUUUGUGUUGAGUGUAUUUGUGUUUCGAUGUUUUUUUAUCAUUUCAUCUUGCGGAAGCAUCGUGUCGUGUCAUAUUAAUUAUUGAAACGUGUAAAAUUUCAUUAUAAUUUUGUGAUCGCCGAAUGGGGCGUGUUGCCACGGCGUUGCAGUUGAGACAGGUCGAAACAAGCAUCCGGUGUGUUAUUUGCAUUUUUUUGCCCGCCAUAAACAUCAGCUUUAAUAUAUAAUCAUGAAUGGUUGGACGAAAGAAGUUACGCUGAACAUAAUUCAAAACAAAAUAACAAGCAUACGCGACAAUUAUGACGAAUUCGUAAAAGCGGCAAGUGCGAUAGAGAAAGAGAGCUUGGAAUUUCUUGAGGGUUUGAUAGAGCAAAUACCAAAUGCGAUAUCAGGUCCACUCAUUCCAAAAACACCAAAAGUACCAAAAAAACGUGAGCUCAAACGUAUACAAACAAUACCAGAAGAUGAUAUUGUCAGAAAUUUACCAAAAACAUCAGAAACAUUGGCAGAGAACAGUCGCACGUCCGAGCUGGUUUUCGAUGAUGCUCCCCCGCCAAGAAUACGAAGAGCAGCAUCACAAAAAGCAGCUCAGAAAAUCAAAGAUCAAGAAGCUUUGGGUGUAGGCUCAAAAUUGCGGAGACCAUCAUCGAUUGAAGAUUCUACAAUAAGUCAGCCUAAAGGUCAUUUGAGUCGAGUUAAACGAACUAAAUCGGUAUUGGACACUUCCGAUGAAGAAGAUACCAAAAGGCCUGUUAAAUUAAGCAAAAUAAAAUCUAAAUCCCAGGAUAAUAGCGAAGAAACAAAAGAGCUCGAUAGUUCACAAUUAGAGCUGGAUCGAACUAUAAAUCACGAGUCUCAGAAUAAGAAAGAAAUUCCUACAAGAGAAACGUCUGUGCGGGUAUCUCGUAACAAACGUCAGCGUGAGAAGUCUCAAGAGUCUUCGACUCGGCAAAACAACAGUGGUUCAGGGAAAACAUGGCAAGAACCAGCAGCUAAGAAGGCUAAUAUAGAUGAAAGCUGUGCUCCAGAAACUGAUGUCACAAUGGAUGCUUCUUUGUACGAAGACGCCAUUGGCAAAAGUAUCCCUAUGAAUUCAACAAUGAAUCCAAAUACAACUGUCACCAUCGAUCGUAAAAUAAUGGACGUCACUGUAGUUCUUGACCAUAUAAAGAUGCCACGGCAAAUGAAUGAGACAGUGACUCUUAAAAAAACGACCCGUAGUAGCUUUAAUGCUGAUAAAACUCUGGUCAACAAAGAACAGCCCAUCGUCGAAAAUACGAUUCCUCAAUCCCCUCGUGCCACAACGGUUCUGCAAUCGAAAAUGCAUCUGCCCACAAAAAUGCAAACUUUUAAGGAAACUUUUGCCAAUCCAGAGUUUGAUGCUCUCAUAACUGAAGAUGAAUCAUCACCGGAAAAAGAAGAUAAAAAGAAUAAGAAGGCAAACGAGCCUAAGAACAAGGUACCAGUCAAAGAAACUAAACGAUUUACGCGUUCGAGUUUAAUUACCGACGACGAUGACGUUUACGAAGUAUCAGCAACACCACCGCGGCCAAAGACUGUAUUACGCGAUGCCAACAAUCUCAAACCACCGAAAAAUUCUUAUAAAGCAAACGCCUUGUUCAGUCCGUAUUCAAAAGAAUCUGUGAAGAAGCGCGUUGAAGCUUUCGAACAAGCUGGCUUGAAUAGCCCAAAAACAGUAGAAAUCGAUGCACCAGCGAGACUUACGAGAACAAAAACGCGUGCUUUAGCUGCUGCAGCUUCUGAAACACUGUUCACACAAACGGGACUAACUGUCGCUCAAAAAGCUGCGAGAAAAUCUCUUUCGAGAGCUAAAGAAAUCGCUAAAAUGAAAGAGCGAAAAGAAAACGAAGAGAGCAAAGAGAAUAAUAUCCAAAAUUCUGCACAGAAAACCAGUAGGUUAUUGGCUAUGAGUGAAAAGUACGCUCUGAAACAGCAGCAAAGAACAACACCGAUUGGCAAGAGUCGAUUGCAAAUGCCAAUGUCCGUGAGUCGCAUUCCACACACGCCAUCAGAUUCCCACAUAAUCCCGAACAAACCGAUGAGCGCGGUGAAAUCCAAUAUAACGUCAGUGGAUAGCUUUAUGCAGCCUCCGAAAACACUCACUAAAUCCAGCUCGAAUGAUAAUUUGGCGGAAAAGAGAAGAAGAGUUAAUGACGAAGACGUUAAACGGAAAAGAGAAGAAACACUGAAGGCUUUGACUGAAGAAAAGAAAAGAAAACGCGAAGAGAAAGAAUUGAAAAAUAAAUUGGCUAGAGAAGCGAAAGAAAAACUCGAACUGGAAAAGAGAUUGAAGCAGGAAAGAGAACGAGAGGAGAAGGCAAAAGCUGCUCUCAUUUUGCAAGAAAAACAGCGAGAAGAGCUCGAAAGAAAGAGACUUGUACAGUUACAGCGUGCACAGGAAAAAGAGGAAAGGCGGCGCCAAGAGGAACAAUUGAGAUUUUUACGUUUACAAGAGCAAGAAGAAGCGGAGCGGCAGCUUGCUGAACAAAAACGCCGGGAACAAGAAGCUGAGAAGCGUAGGAUCGCGGAAUUGAGGAAUCAACACGCCGCAGCCGCUGAAGCUGCCAGACUGAAAGCUCAAUACCUCGCAAAGAUGAGACAAGCUCAACAGGAUCCAACGAGUUAUAUUUUGGAUAGUGAUAAUCCCGAUGAUGAGUCUGACGACGAGUCGAGACCCAAGCACGUGAUUCCGUACUGGGCCCAAGAAGGUGUAAGAGCGACUCAAUUGGGAAUCCAGCAGUAUAUACCGAUGAAAUCAGUAUUAACAUUUUUCGGUGCGAAGAGAUGUACUCCGGACCUCACGCAGUUGUUCAAGGGUAUAAAGAAAGAGCGUUUGCAGCGAACCUCGAGCGCGAUUUGGAAAACGCCACCUCGUUAUUCGAUGAUGAACAAUGAAUGAUUGUCCACUGAAGUUUCUGUGAGCCGUUCUUUUCUUUCUUCACAAUUAUCAAGAACAAUAUAUAUAUAUUGAAAAAAUGAUAAUGACAGUCAAAAAGUUGAAUUUCGCUCACGAGUCUCGUGCACGUUCUUCAUAAAAUAGGAUUUUUUUAUUGUACAAGACGCAAAGAUUCGCACUGGGAUGCGUUGAAAACCAACAAAAAAAACGCUCAAUUUUGUAUUUUCAAGCAUAAUUGGGAUCGUAAGACCAAUUAUUGACACUAUGAUUUUGUUUUUUGUUGUUCGGUAUCGUAAAACACGUUACAACGUGGUUUUUCGAGAUAUGUGACAAUAAUUUUACAAUACGUUUCCGGUUACAAGGAUAAAUUGGUAAUUAUGUAGUUUGGUUACUUUUCCGAAAAUCAAUGGAAUUUUUUUUUCUUCUUCUCGAAGUUACCGAUAAAUUCUUUGAGAAGUAUGUUCACAAGAGAUAAACUCAAUCCAACCUUUUUUUUAUAACCCAUGAACUUUGUUAAAAAUCAAUGUAUUUUAAGGCUAUACCGAAUAAAUUUCGUAGACAGAAA